AGGCGCCGAUCCCAAGCGGAGCAUGCGAAUUCAAGGCGAAGAUGUGUCGCCUUUGGAGAGGGCCAUGCAGUAUGGAGAUCCCAUGACCAUCCAAAGUAUCCACAAGGCCAUUGAGCUCUUUGCGCAGGCGCCCCCCUUGAUCGUCCUGCCGGAUGUGGACAAGCGCAGCGAGGACGGCGGGCAGACCAAACUUCCAGUGGCGAUCCUGUUUCCAGGGCAAGGCUCGCAGUAUGUGAAGAUGUUGGCGGAGGUGAAGGAUUUGGAGCCCUGUAAGAAGUUGAUCGAUAAAGCGAAUGCCAUCCUCGGGUAUGACAUCUUGGAUCUUUGCUUGAACGGCCCAGAGGAGAAGCUGGAGGAGACAAAGUUCUGCCAGCCGGCCAUGUUUCUGGCGAACGCCUGCGCCUUGGAGAAGCUUCGCAUGGACAAACCCGAGGUGGUGGAGCGAUGCUCCGCCACCGCAGGGCUCUCCUUGGGCGAGUACAAUGCGAUUUGUUUCUCUGGGAUGUUGAGCUUCGAGGAGUGCCUCAAGGUGGUCCGCGUCCGAGCCGAUGCCAUGCACGAGGAAUCACAGCGUUCUGCUCAGGCGAUGAUCUCGGUGGCCGGGUUAGACCACACCGUCUUGGAGGCGCUUUGUGAGAAAGCAGCCCGACAAGCGGGACAUUUAGGAGACCGUGAGGCUGUGUGCAAGGUGGCGAACCACUUGUUUCCCAAAGGCUACACUUGCUCGGGCGACUUGCCCGCCGUGGAGAUCCUCAAAGGCCUUUGUGAGAAGGAGGGCGCCUUGCAAGCACGUUUCCUGAAGACCUCGGGUGCCUUCCACACCUCCUUGAUGGAACCAGCAGGUGGCAAGCUCUUGAAGGCGCUCCGCGUGAGGGUCACGGACAUGAACUUCCCCCGUGUCGACGUCUAUACCAACGUCCGUGGAGGGCCUCAAAAGGCUGGCACUGACCCCCGCGAGAUCAACUAUGACCUGGCAGCGCAGGUGGCAAGCCCAGUCCUUUGGCAGGCCAGCAUCCAGGAGAUGUUGAAGAACGGAAUCACGGACUUCUAUGAAUGUGGUCCCAUGAAGCAGCUCAAGGCGAUGAUGAAGCGGAUCAGCCAGGAGGCCUGGGAACGGACUACCAGUGUGCCAGUGUGAGGGACGCCACGCGGCGUCGCCGGGCCACGGAUGUACAUAACGUCUAACGCAGGCGCAGGGCCCCCCCGCGCGAGGCGCGCGGCGCGCGCGCGCGGCGCGAGCAUCGCGCUGGAGAGAUCGAAGGAUCGCUUGUCUUCCAGUGAAAGGAAGGAUGCGGAAG